ACGUCUCGUCUCCCCUUCCCUUCCCCCCCGCCGCCUUCGCCGCCGACGCGCCGAUCUCCACCACCCCCCACCUCGCUCCGCCGCCGCCGCCGCCUCUUGCUACUGCCUCCCUCCCUCCGCCGCAUACUCCCCUCGCCCUCCGACCACUCCCCCUCCUCUACUCCCCCGUCUCCUCCUCGCCACUUCGCCACCCCGCCGCCUUCGCCGAUCCCCUCACCCAUCCCGCCGCGAGCUGAGCAGAGGAGCCGUGGGUUUCCGUCGUCCUGCUGCUUCCGCCUCCGUGAUCGAGUGGUGCGUUCUCAUCAACGGGCCUUGUGCGCUAAAUUAUGCGAUCUUCAUGGGCUGACUCAGCUGCGAACGCCGAGGAAUCGGCGCCCGCGGCUGCUGCUAACCACGGCAACUCGCGCCUCCCGCGCAGCUCAUACGUUCCCCCGCACCUCCGCGGCCAAGCGGCUCCUGCAGCGCCGGCGCAAGCUGGCGCGCUGCCCUCGGCCGCCGCCGCCGCGCAGCCUUCUGUUGGCCAGCCUGGUGUGGUUGGUGGCCCUCGCUGGGCGGGCAUUGUGAAUGGUGGUGGUGGUGGUGGUGGUGGGAGCGUAGGUGGUUCUCGCCAGGGCUUUGGUGCUGGUGGCCGCGGUGGAGGAGGUGGUGGUGGCGGUGGUGCAUGGAACUCCCGCCCUGGGGGUUGGGACCGAAGAGACCGUGAACCGGAUCCUUUUGCCAAUAGUGAGGCUGCGGAAGUUGACUUUGAGGGCGAGAACACUGGCAUCAAUUUUGAAGCCUAUGAAGACAUCCCUGUUGAGACAAGUGGCCAUGAUGUGCCCCCACCAGCCAAUACAUUUGCGGAGAUUGAUUUGGGUGACGCGCUGAAUGAGAAUAUCAGAAGGUGCAAAUAUGUGAAGCCGACACCAGUGCAGCGUUAUGCCAUCCCAAUCUCCAUUGCAGGACGGGAUCUCAUGGCCUGUGCACAAACAGGAUCUGGAAAGACAGCAGCCUUUUGUUUCCCUAUCAUCAGUGGAAUCAUGAGGUCAAGGCCACCCCCCAGGUCACGGGGUUCCAGGACCGCAUAUCCUCUUGCACUAAUCCUAUCUCCCACUCGUGAGCUUUCGGUCCAAAUCCAUGAAGAAGCAAGGAAGUUUGCAUACCAGACUGGUGUUAAAGUGGUCGUUGCAUACGGAGGAGCGCCAAUUACUCAGCAGCUGAGGGAGUUAGAAAGAGGUGUUGAAAUCCUUGUGGCAACUCCUGGCCGCUUAAUGGAUUUGUUGGAGAGGGCUAGAGUCUCACUGCAGAUGAUAAAGUAUUUAGCUCUUGAUGAAGCUGAUCGAAUGCUUGAUAUGGGAUUUGAGCCCCAGAUACGUAAAAUAGUUGAGCAGAUGGACAUGCCUCCACGUGGAGAGAGGCAGACGAUGUUGUUUAGUGCUACAUUUCCAAAGGAGAUACAGAGAAUGGCUUCAGAUUUCCUCGCCGAUUACAUAUUUCUUGCUGUCGGGAGAGUUGGUUCAAGUACUGAUUUAAUUGUCCAGAGGGUUGAGUUUGUCCUUGAUGCUGACAAAAGAAGCUACCUCAUGGACCUUCUUCAUGCACAAAGGGCAAAUGGUACACAUGGGAAGCAAGCUCUUACCUUGGUCUUUGUGGAGACAAAGAGGGGAGCUGAUGCCCUGGAGAACUGGCUUUAUAACAAUGGGUUCCCAGCAACUAGCAUUCAUGGAGACAGAACACAACAGGAAAGAGAGUAUGCCCUGAGAUCCUUCAAGAGUGGAGCAACUCCCAUCCUCGUGGCAACUGAUGUUGCUGCUCGUGGACUGGAUAUACCUCAUGUUGCCCACGUCAUUAAUUUUGACCUCCCAAAUGAUAUAGACGACUAUGUCCAUCGGAUAGGAAGGACAGGGCGUGCAGGGAAAUCUGGUCUGGCAACUGCAUUUUUCAACGAGAGCAACACCCCACUGGCAAGGCCGCUGAGUGAGCUCAUGCAGGAGGCUAACCAGGAGGUUCCUCAAUGGCUUGAGAGGUAUGCUGCCCGUUCAUCGUUUGGAGGCGGCGGCGGGAGAAACCGCAGGUCAGGUGGUGGUGCUAGGUUUGGUGGCCGGGACUUCCGACGAGACAGAGGCAGUGGUGGUGGAGGGUAUGGUGGUGGAGGUGGAGGUUAUGGAGGUGGCGGAUAUGGUGGUGGUGGCGGUGGAGGCGGCUAUGGUGGCGGUAGCAGCUACGGAGGUGGCGGGCAAGGUUUUUCUAGUGCUUGGGACUGAUCCUGAUCCAGAGCUGUCAUGAGAACUGAAAUUUGAAACAAUCGUGCUCUAUUGGCCUCCCUUUGGUGACAUGGAAAUUUGAAAUUUGAGUUGCCUUUUGAUGAUAGUAUGGUGUGGCAUCGCCUUCAUCAUUGGCGGUUCUCUCAGUCUGGUGUUGAUUUUUCCUUUUUUGUGUACUGUACUAGGGAUUGCUUGUGUUUUUUUAUCUGCGAAUUGUGAACUCAUCUUUUAAUGGGGCCUCUUUUAUUAAUUUCUC